UUAGUCCCGUUCUCUGAGUUGAAUUCUACUUCCCGCUUGGCCGUCUGUGUUCAUUCGGUGUGGUUUGCGCCCCAAGCUUGACGUUUUCUGAGCUGAUUCUGUGAUUGCCUGCCGUCGGAUGCUCAUUCAUUUGACGUGCGACUGAGUUUGGCGCAGUGUUGUCGUGUUGUACUAGGCUUUUGAAAUGAAUGUGGUUGUUGGAUCUUGACGUGAUUUUGACGCAAUGUGAGCUGUUGAAGUGGGCUGGCUUCACUCCGAGGAUUGACUAAUAUUGUUUAUCAUUUUCGGGUGAAAUGGAUCGGCGGUUUGCACUGAACUUGACGGACAUUUCUCGAUUUGUCGACUGUAUGCGGCUUUUGGAUCUGCUGUCCGAUGAAAUCUAUUAGCUUUUACGUAUCUCUGACGAUGACAUACUCGUUUGAAGUUCGGAGUCAGCUGGUAGCUCGGAUCCAUCCUUGGGGAGCGUGUGAUGCUCUGAGCAAUGGCUCUCAAGGUUUCAGCCAGAGAAGCGGCACAGAUUGCUAUCGGAUCGAUUGGGCGUGGUUAUGAUAUAUCGAUAGAUCUGAGGCUCAAAUACUGCAAAGGGGAUUCAAUUUAUUCACGUUUGAUUGAGAUUGGUGAGGAAGGAGGACGUGAGAUUGUUCUACCUGGUGGAAUUUCGAUCAAGUAUGUGCCUAAGUCCAUAAAUUGUGACAAAGGAGAGCGAACAAGGUUUAGGUCCGAUGUUCUCUCUUUCCAACAGAUGUCGGAACAGUUCAACCAGGAGAUGUCCCUAACAGGAAAAAUUCCUUCAGGCCUCUUCAAUUCAAUGUUCGAAUUGUCAGGAAGUUGGCAGAAAGAUGCAGCGAACACUAAGACGCUUGCAUUUGAUGGAGUUUUUAUUACACUCUACACUGUUGCACUUGAAAAGUCUCAUGUUGUCCUCUGCAACCAUGUGAAGAGCGCUGUCCCAUCAUCGUGGGAGCCUGCUGCAUUAGCAAGGUUCAUUGAGACAUUUGGAACUCAUAUAAUCGUUGGUAUAAAAAUGGGAGGGAAGGAUGUAAUAUAUAUGAAGCAGCAGCAUUCCUCAACUCUUCAGCCUGCUGAAGUACAAAAGAGACUGAAGGAGAUGGCAGAUAAGAGGUUUCUAGACAGCAAUGGACAAUAUAACGUGGUUCCUGAACAAGUUUACCGGAAUGAGAAGGUUGAUAUCAGGGACCAACGGCUACGGUUUGCAGAUGCCAGUUCGUCAAGUUCUUAUCUACUCAAAGAGGACAUCGUGACUAUUUGCAAGAGAAGAGGUGGAAGUGAUAAUAGAAACUUCUCCCACAAUGACUGGUUAAACACAGUACAGUUAGAGCCUGAUGUAAUUUCGAUGACCUUCAUUCCAAUUACCUCACUGUUGAGUGGAGUUCCCGGAAGUGGCUUUCUAAGCCAUGCCAUUAAUCUGUAUCUAAGAUAUAAACCACCGAUUGAAGAGCUCCAGCAGUUUCUCGAAUUUCAGCUCCCGAGACAGUGGGCCCCAGUAUUCAGUGAACUUCCCCUUGGCCCUCAGCGGAAGCGACAGAGCACAGGUUCAUUGAGGUUCAGCUUGCUGGGUCCUAAGCUGUACGUGAACACCACUCAGGUUGAUGUGGGGAAGAGGCCAGUUACAGGAAUGAGGCUGUACUUGGAGGGCAAAAGGAGCGACCGCUUGGCAAUUCAUUUACAGCAUCUCUCCACCCUUCCAAAAUCAUUCCAGCUGAUCGAUGACCCAAGUGGAAACUUCACUCAGGAAUCCUAUGACCGCAGGUAUUACGAGAAAGUCCAGUGGAAGAACUGUUCUCACGUGUGCACUGCCCCAGUAGAGACGGAUGAGGAUCUCUCAAUUGUCACGGGGGCCCAGCUUCAGGUUGAAAAUUACGGGAUGAAGAACAUUUUAUUCUUACGGCUCCGAUUCUCAACUCUAUUGGGAGCGAUCGCUGUGAAACGGCCCGUGUGGGAUGGGUCACCUGGAUUAUCACCCAAGUCAGGGAUUAUAUCAACCCUCAUAAGCCAUCACUUCUCAACAGUACAAAAACCACCACCAAGGCCCGCCGAUGUGAAUAUAAACUCGGCUGUUUACCCAGGUGGACCGCCGGUGCCAGUCCAAGCGCCGAAGCUUCUGAAGUUUGUUGAUACAACGGAGAUGACUCGUGGGCCAGAGGAAACUCCCGGGUACUGGGUGGUCUCGGGGGCAAAACUGGCGGUCGAGAAGGGUAGGAUCUCUCUCCGGGUCAAGUACUCUCUGCUGACUGCUGUGUUGCCUGAUGAAGAGCUAGAACCCAUGGGAGAACCCUAAUGGGCCAUGUCUGCUUACUCUCUCCGGAAGGAGAAAAUUGAGUUUGAGUGGGGAGUCCGAUACGGAUAGGGUCGGGUCGGGUUGCCGAGGUUGCGCAGGGGUUGUGGAGUGUGGAGGCUUGAUGUUGAUGCUUUGUUCCAUAUAAUCUGCAUUGUGUAUGUAAUAUUUAUUCAUCUUUGAUUAGCGAUGUGAUUUUUCUUCCAUAAAUCAUCUCUCUGUGCUUAAACUUCCCAGCCCAUUUCCCUACGCACACAGAGAAGCUAAGAUAAUUUUCUCC